CAGAUAAACAGGAAGGAGAAAUUUAUAAAGUUUAGUAAUGAGUAAGGUCGUGCCAGUAUUUUCGGCAACUUUGCUCAGGACUCUGGCCUCUGCAGCCGACAUCUCCGGCAAAUGACCUGCGAGAGUGAAAAUGACGGCCUGCAGACUUUUCUUUGUCCUUUUUAUCACUUAUAUAACAAGAACAUUCGCCGGACCCCAGACAAAGUCAACCCGAGGACAGUGCGAUGUCCGAACCGUCGUAACCAUGGAGACGGAGUGCACCCAGUGCGCCGCCAAUGUCAGAAGGGUCUGCCCCAGAGCUACCAAAGUUACCUCAGGAAUUGGGCAGAAAGGCUGCAGGUACACAGUGGAUAUGGGUGGCCUGACCCUCUCGCUCACAGGCUGCUCACAUACCUGUCAAAAGACCAUCAUAAAGCCUGAAUGCUGCAAAGGUUACUGGGGGCCACUCUGCCAAGAGUGUCCAGGAGGAGCCGCCAAUCCUUGCAACGGCCAUGGGACCUGCGUGGAUGGCAGAAAUGGCAACGGAACUUGCGUCUGUGAUCACGCCUUUACUGGAUUUUCCUGCAGCGAAUGUGCCGAUGAACUCCUGUACGGCAGUAACUGCGAUUCCGCCUGCGAAUGUCAUCACGGAAUAUGUAACAACGGUGUCAGCGGAAACGGCAACUGCCUCUGUGAAGCUGGAUACACUGGGGCGAACUGUGAUCAAGAAUCGUUGCCCUGCAAGGCUUUGAAUUGUGGCCAGAACACCCACUGUGCUAAUGUAAGAGGAAUCCUUCAGUGCCAGUGCCUGCCUGGCUAUAGCAAGAGAGGAGGCACAUGCCAGCCCGAUGAUCCUUGUAAAAGUUCAUCGUGUUCCUACAAAGCUGUCUGCAAAGCGCUGCCCCCCCACAAGCCUCUGUGUACGUGUAAACCCGACUUCAUUGGGAAUGGCGAGACGUGCUUUCCCUUUAAUCCUUGCACCGUAAACAACGGAGGGUGUGUAGAAAAUUCGACAAGGUGUACGUAUCUGGGACCCGGAAAGUCUUCCUGCAGUUGCCUUGGCGGAACGAGUCGUGGUAAAUCUGGCGCCUGCCUGCCCCGCAGCACAUGUUUCGAUAUCUCAUGUGAUAAGUCUGCGCAGUGCGAGCCCUUACCUUCUGGAACAAACAAGUGCGUUUGCCAACAAGGGGAAAUCGGAGAUGGCAGAUCUUGCUACGGCAGCAUCUUAUAUCAACUGAACAAGCUGAGAUUUGAAGAUCUGCAGAUGAGGGAAAAGCAUGGUGCUCUGAGGCUAUUCACUGAAGGAUGUGAAGUGACUUUGAGGAAAUAUGGCCCCAUCACUGUGUUUGUUCCUUACAUGAAGUUCCAAGGAAUGAAUGAAACUGUGGCAAAGCUUAUCUGUAAAGCUCACAUUGUACCUGGUCAGCAUUUGACAGCGGACGCCUUGCGCAACCAGCAGCUCUGGACCCUCAGCGGGGAUGUCUUGAAGUUUUCUAACAAAGAAUUUAUUAAGCUGUCAGAACCUAACAAAUCCUACAAGCUGCUGAAAUAUGACCUUCCAGCAUCCAACGGCGUAAUUCAUUUUAUCGAUAAGCCGAUGACUACGGGCAACCGGGAAUCCUUUGGAAAUCAGACGAUGACAAUUGGAGACAUUCUGGCAAAAUAUGAGCAGUUCAACAGAUUUGAAAUUCUCCUGGAGAACUGUGGUUUACCUCCAAUACUAAAUGGACAUGGAUCUUUUACCGUUUUUGUCCCCAGCAAUAAAGCUGUGGAUUCUUUAAGAGAUGGGAGAUUAUUUUAUCUUUUAACUCAGGGGAAGCACAAGUUAUUGGAUCUGGUGAAGUAUCAUAUUGCUUCGAUGGCAGCAGUGACUGCCGACAGACUUAUCACAAUGCCACAGAUUUUGACCUCUGCAAAUGAUGUUAUAAAAAUCAAUAUCACUGAAAAUGGGAGAAUAGUUUUGGGAGACUCCGAGGUUCCUCUCAUGCACAGUGAUAUCAUCGCUUCCAAUGGGGUUAUACAUGUUCUGGACGGUAUUUUCAUCCCACCAAGUAUCCUCCCAAUUUUGCCGCACAGAUGCACUGAAACGCGCCACGAAGUCGUCCAGGGCGUCUGCUCGGCUUGCGAUACGGUUUUGUCCUGUCCGGAGGGCACCGCUGACCUGGGAACCAUCAAUAACAAGUGCAGCCUUGGAAACGGCACAAGCAGCGCAUGGGGCUGCGCCAGAAACUGCAACCUCACGGUCACCGAACUCGGCUGCUGCUCCGGAUUUUAUGGUCCAUCCUGCCAGCAAUGUCCCGGUGGAUUUUCCAACCCAUGCUACGGCCGAGGGACUUGUGCCGAUGGUGUGCGUGGAACCGGCAGGUGCUCGUGUCUUCCACAGUUCAAAGGAAUCGCUUGUCACAUCUGCAUGGAUCAAAAUAAACAUGGAGAGAACUGUGAAGAAGACUGCCGAUGCGUCCAUGGCUAUUGCGAUAACCGGCCAGGCAGCGGAGGGGUUUGUCAGGGUGGUCGGUGUGAAGGCGGCUUUACCGGCAAGUUCUGCGACCAGAUGUUGCAUUCCUGCGGCAGCUUAAAUUUAUCACAGAAUUGUCAUUUCAACGCCUCCUGCGAAGCAGCCGAAAGCCUAACAAGGUGCGUUUGUAACAAUGGAUAUGAGGGAGAUGGUUUGUCGUGUCAGCCCGUAGAUUUAUGCAGAAAGCCGGAGCGAGGAGGGUGUUCAGAAAACGCUAUUUGCAGAAGUGUUGGACCCGGCCUCGUGACCUGUGAGUGUAACCCUGGUUGGACUGGGGACGGCAUUGCCUGCUUGCCAAUAGAUAAUUGUGCCCUGGAGAGCAGAGGCGGUUGCCACAUCAAUGCCGAGUGCAGCUUCACCCAGCCCGGGCAGAACGAUUGCACCUGCAAGAGAGGCUACAUGGGAGACGGGUACGCGUGCGAGGCCGUGGAUCCGUGCCUGGAAGAUAACGGGGGAUGCCAUGAUAUGGCUCAGUGCAUGGCGCUCGCUGGAGGAGGGCGAUCCUGUGUUUGCCCCGCAGGUUGGGAAGGAGAUGGAUUGACUUGUUAUGGAGACAUAUUCAUGGAACUCUUGCGGCUCCCACAGGUGGCCAUUUUUAACCAGUGGUUGAAGAAUUCCCUGUUUACGAUCCCAAAAGGAACUAACGUGACCGCUCUUAUCCCAUCUGACGUGGCCAUACAAGCUCUUGCUGAACACCAAAAAAUAUUUUGGCUGGACGUUGAAAAGCUGCCGUUCCUGAUACGAGCACAUUUUCUGCGAGGAUCUUUUAUCUCCAAGCAGCUCAAGCAGCUCGACGGACAGGAAUUAUCCACGUUCGAUCCAAGAACAAAGUGGGCCGUCAGCGUCAUAGAUGGGAAUCCUUUCAUUCAUAAUGCAAGUUUCCUGAGAAGUGACAUUCCGGCCGCUAAUGGAUUCAUUUUCAUCAUCGAUAAGGUUUUAAUACCCCCGGCUGGAAAUGUCCCCCCGCCCCGGCCAUCACUUUCCCAGCUGCUGGAUCAGGUGCAAGAAUUUGAAAAGUUUAAAGAGGUUCUUCACAUUUCAGGUGUUAUUGAAGAAGUCGAAUCAUCUGGACAGAAAUAUACAAUAUUUGUUCCCAACGAUUCUGCGAUGGAGAAGUUUUACAGGGAUUGCGGUGCUGCCCUCAUGGAUAACAACACAAUAAGGUAUCACAUCAUCCCUGGGGAGAAACUUUCGCGCAUGGACUUAAAAAGCGGAAUUCACAAAGCGAGCCUGCUGGGACCCUCCUACUGGCUCACGUUCUAUGAACGGGACGAUCGGACUUUUGUUCACGAUGUCCCUCUGGUUGGAAGCUUUUUUGAAACAAAGAACGGAAUCGUCAUGGGCAUUUCCAAGGUGCUUUCUAUCCUGAGAAACCGCUGUGAUGUGAAGAACACUGUGAUAAAAAAGACAAAGUGCAUGAAUUGCGACAAACAAAUGCAGUGUCCGGACGGCACGGCCCUUCAGGAAGCUCCGGAAAACGGACGUGAAAAGUGUACAUUUAAAAAGAGAAAUAAACACCUACGGGGCUGCAGAUUCCAGUGCAUCAGCGAGACCGUUGCCCCCGAAUGCUGUUCAGGAUAUUUUGGACAUCAAUGUCUUAUGUGUCCCGGGGGGGCGAAUAAUUCUUGUUCAAAUAACGGCGACUGUCAGGACGGCGUCACUGGAAACGGGGAAUGUAUUUGUAAAGAAGGUUUCCACGGGACGGCGUGCGAGUCGUGCGAACCGGGGCGAUAUGGGAAAGACUGUAAAUCAGAUUGCGAUUGUGUUCACGGCAGGUGUGAUGAUGGACUAACCGGGGAUGGAACAUGUCGCUGCGACAAAGGCUGGAGCGGCUACAGCUGUGAGACCGAUAUAGAAAAUGAUUUAUGCAACGGCACCUGCAGUGUGAAUGCAAACUGUAUAGCCGGAGCUGGUAAUUCUUCUGCAUCGUGUUCCUGUAUUGCUGGCUUCGCUGGAAACGGGACCCACUGCGCUGAGUUGGAUGCUUGCUCUGUUAAUAAUGGAGGGUGCUCGGAGUUUGCCAAUUGUACCGGUCUCCUAGCCGGUGAGACCAGCUGCACCUGUGCGGAGGGUUUUACUGGCGAUGGCGUCGUCUGCCUUGAAAUUGAUGGAUGUCUGGAACAUAAUGGGGGCUGCCAUUUGAAAGCAGAAUGUAUUAAAACAGGACCCAAUAAAGUUGCCUGUAACUGUUUGCCUCGGCACGUUGGAGACGGAGUCAACAAAUGUGAGCUUUUGGACUUGUGCCUCGAGAACAAUGGCGGGUGCAGCCCUUUUGCUCUGUGUUCCACCACGUUGUCCGGAGAACGGUUGUGUAAAUGUAAAAGAGGCUUUACUGGUGACGGCUUCACCUGCGCUGGAAAAGUACAGGAGGUACUGCGAUAUAACCCUGAAGCUGCUCCGUUCUACGACAGUUUACAGGAACAGCAUAUUAACGAUCUGACCGGAUUGGGACCUUUCACAGUGUUUGUGCCGCAGAAAGAGUCCGUUGUGAACAGCAGCGCGUUCAAGGAGUGGAAAUCCAAAGACCUGCUCAAAGAUUUACUCCGCUAUCACAUGGUGGGAUGCGGGAAGCUGCUGCUCGGGGACCUGGAGGAGCUGACGUCUUUGACUUCACUAUCGGGAGAAAGAGUGAGGGUUUCCUCCAAGCAGGACGGCGUUUAUUUAAAUGAUUUCGCUAAAAUUACAAGAACGGAUAUAAUUGCAACGAAUGGCGUGGUCCACUUUAUUGACAACGUUUUGUUUCCAGAGAGAAAUGUGUCAGUCCGGCCGUAUGGGCCAAACAUCACGGACGUGGCUGAACGUCAUGGUUACUUUGUGUUUAGCCGACUGUUGCAGGAAUCCAGGCUGCUGCCCUUGGUUAAUGACAAAAUCCACCAGCCGUUCACAAUGCUUUGGCCUACAGAUGAAGCCUUUAAUUCUCUCCCAGAGGAGCGGAAACAGUGGUUGUACCACGAGGAUCACAGGGACAAGCUUGUGGCGUAUCUUAAGGUUCAUAUGAUAAGGAACACAAAGAUAAUUGCGGCAAACCUUCCGCAGGCCAAAUCUUUAAGGACUCUGCAUGGCUCAACAGUCUCCUUUACAUGCAGCCGAACAAACGUUGGCGAUAUCAUGGUGGAUGAGAAUAAUGGGCGAAUAAUCCAGCGGCACAUGGAGUUUGGAACCGGCAUCGCUCAUGGUAUCGACCAGUUGUUGGAACCGCCUGAUAUCGGGGCACGCUGUGAUGAGUAUCGGAGCUCCAACAUAGCCCUCAAUCAGCGAUGCGGGCUGUGUGGGUUCGAGUACGCCUGUCCAGAGGGAACUAUGGAUUCGGGAAGGACCAGGCAAUGCUCGCCUCGCACAAACAGAAUGAGGUAUUGGAAUCGUCACAGAAUGUUCUUCAACCCGCAUUACGGGUUAGGAUAUUGCAAAAAGAUCUGCUACUCGGUGGACUGGCAACCGGAAUGCUGCAGGAACCAUUACGGAAAGGACUGUCACGUGUGUCCCGGUGGAUUGGAAGCCCCAUGCAGCAAACGUGGCACCUGCAGCGAUGGGAUGGCCGGUACCGGGGUCUGCAGCUGUUCCCAAGGAUUUGAAGGGACCGCUUGCGAAUUGUGUGCUCCCGGCAGAUACGGUCCGGACUGCAAAGGCUGUAACUGUACGGAGAACGGGGUUUGUAACGAUGGCGUUUCUGGAGAUGGAUGGUGUUUCUGUAACGAGAAUUGGGCUGGUGAAAAGUGUGAAAUACGGUUAGAUGUGAAGCCCGUGUGUUCGCCCGCAUGUCACGGAAAUGCCACCUGCAGGUUAAACAACACGUGUGAAUGUUCCCCGUAUUAUGAGGGCGAUGGGAGAUCCUGCAGCGCGAUCGACCUCUGCAAGGAAGACAACGGGGGCUGCAGCGCCCAUGCCACGUGCAGUCAGUCCGGCGCAGGGCCCGUCACGUGCGGCUGUCUCUCGGGGUACGAGGGAGAUGGUUUUGUUUGUAUUGAGGUCGAUCUGUGCGCUGAUGGCUUUAACGGGGGCUGCAGUGAACACGCAACCUGCAUAUAUACCGGUCCGAACACGCGCAGAUGUGAGUGCCACGAGGGCUUUGUAGGGAAUGGAGUCCAGUGUCUGGAGAAAGCGAUCCCCCCCGCGGACCGCUGCCUGCAAAAUAAUGGAGACUGUCACCCGGUGGCAACAUGCGCUGACCUGCAUUUCCAAGAAAAAUUGGCAGGCGUUUUCCAUUACCGGUCCCCGAGAGGACAGUACAAGCUCACGUACCCCCAGGCAGUGAAGGGGUGCGCCUCGGAAGGUGCCACGAUUGCCACGUUCAGCCAGCUCUCUGCUGCCCAACAGCUGGGUUUCCACCUCUGCUCCGUUGGAUGGCUCCAUAACCAGACAGCCGGCUAUCCCACCGCGUAUGCGAGUCCGAGCUGCGGCUCCGGCCACGUUGGGAUAGUGGAUUAUAAGAAGCGAAUGAAUGGCAGCGAGGAGUGGGAUGUAUUCUGCUACCGUGUCCAAGAUGUCCGGUGUUCCUGUCCUGAGGGGUAUGUGGGCGAUGGUAGUUUCUGUAAUGGAAACUUACUGGAAGUGUUGGAGGCUGCUCCAAAUUUAUCAUACUUCUUCUCGAUGCUGAUUAAUUACGCCAAUGACUCGGAGAGGGGCGCUCAAUUUCUUGAAUACCUUUCAAAUGGAACCUCAUUUAAAACGUUAUUUGUGCCUGAAGACAGCAGCCUUGAGAAGAAUUUGACGUUAACCUGGCGUGACCUGGAACAUCAUGUGUCUCAGACAGAUGUCCUGCUGUCAUACGGAAACCUCACGAGUGGCAUUAUUCUGCUUUCAAGACUUGGGUUCAAUCUAACGAUUUCAGUCCCAGCCUCCAACAGCAGCGCAUCUCCGUGCUCUAAAGUUGUGAACGAUAGGAAUAUCAUUCACUGGGAUAUACCGGCUUUCAACGGGAUUCUCCAUGUCAUAAAUGGGCCCCUAAUAGCACCCCUUGUGCAGGAAGCAGAUGAAAGCCACGCGACCCCUGUGAUGGCCGUGAGUUUGGUGGCCGCGGUGCUGGCUGCGUCGCUGCUAAUUUCUGCUGCCAUCUGUUUCUUCUACAGGCGACAGACCAAAGGCUUCCGAUUCAGACGUUUUAAGUCUGAAGAUGAUGAUGAUGAUGGAGAUACAGCCGAACAUCCAAACCCUCUCCUUGUCUCCAUCCCUAAUCCCGUGUAUGGUGAGAGUGGCCUAUUCCAUGAAGCUUUUGAGGAAGCCGGUGGCGGCGGGAUGCGCUCAGAUUCCUAUCAAAUAUUUCACUGAAUCCCUGAGAAAUGUGAGGCCGGGGAGCCGAGACAGAGCAAAGGGAAGAGGGCGAGUGCUCCUUCGCCGAGACCCCGCAGUCAUCACAUGUGGAGCGAGACAGCCCCCCGUCUCUCAGCAUUUUCUCAUCAUUCUUCCUAGUCCCGAAAUCAGACGCGGCGACUGGCUGGACGGACUUCGCCAUCCGAUGCCACUCCUGCCGACCCCCUAAAUCAGUUUAAAAAAAGAUUCCCUAAAACAAAAAUCAGCUGGAAAUCAAUAAUUUUUUACCGACCGUCAUAUCCGUG